UCAAACGUCAUUCGGAAACGGAACAAUUAUGACGUAAACACAAAAGUGUGCGAAAUAUUUCUAUUUAAAUUCCUAAUGCUCGUUAAUGGAUAUUAAAAUUGCAUAAACAAAACCUGUGGAUCCAGUUCAUUAGUAUUGAUCAGUCAAAUCAUUUGUUAAGUACACUUUGUCAUAUCAUUUAGAAUUGAAAGUGGGUAAAUAUGUCGCGCCAAGUAGAUACAAAUGUUGCUCGGUUACUGGAAGGUUUAGGAUUGGAAGGUGAAGACUUCUGCGACUUUACCAUUGCUGACCAAAAUUCUGUUGCGGAAUCGCAAGGUAUCACACCGACAACGCCGUCUAACUUUAAACCGGUACUCGGCGAAAAUGUGACAUACGUUGUGGCUUGUGUUAUAAUCAACGAACGAAAUGAAAUAUUAAUGAUGCAGGAAGCGAAAGAAAGUUGCGCCGGCAAGUGGUAUCUGCCAGCAGGACGCAUGGAAAAAGGUGAGACUAUAGUGCAGGCCACUAUGAGAGAAGUGCUCGAAGAAACAGGAUUGCACUGCGAUCCCACGACGCUGCUGGUCGUGGAGACCGCCGGCGGCAUGUGGUACAGGUUCGUGCUCGCCGCCGAUGUCACGGGAGGCGAACUCAAGACUCCCGCCAGAGCUGACAAGGAAUCAUUACAAGCAAAGUGGAUAUCAAACUUACAAGAGAUAACUUUGAGGUCUAAUGAUAUUUUGCACCUUAUUGAAAAAACUCAGCUGUACAAACAGAGUCAUCCCGGAAUAGGAUGGCACAAAAACCUUUUACCUGCAGCUAUUCCACAUGUUAAAGAUCUGCUCAGGCUUAUUGUAGUCAUUAAAAAGCGAAGUACAAACAGGCUCCAUGUGUUGUUGAGUGAAAAAACUGCCAUACAUUUUCCAGUGUGUGAAAUCAACCCAGCAAAGAGUGUGCACUCCACAUUGAGGAGGUUUAUGGUGGAGAUGUUUGGAGCUGAUGUCGGGCAGCACCGGCCUCUGGGCCUGCUCAAUGUGGAGGCUGAUCCUUCAAGUGAUGGCUGCUGUCUGACCCUGCUGGUAGCAUUCAGGCCUCCUUUAGAAGAGGUGCCCCUAAUUGGUAAAUGUGUAUGGCACGAGUUGUCACAGGAAUCAGAACAGCAAUUGCUCUCUAAAAUAACAACAAAAAAUUCCACUGUAGAACUGCAUGUAGUUCGUUGAUCCAUGACCAUAAUGAAAAUAAUGCAUAUGAUUAUGUGUAUCAAGAAUACUCAACUUACUGUCUAAGGUUAUUUACAUCUAUCUUAACCAACUGUAUUAUAAGAAAUCAACAAAAACUAACAAACAUAUUUGUUAUUAAUAACAUAUAUUUAAUGGCAGAGGGAUUGUAAGACAUUUAAGAAUGUAAAAAUACAAAGUACUUUUACUUACAUUUCAGUAAGUUCUGUACUGGAACAUUCCAUUUUAUAUUAUAAAUUAUGUGACCAUGAUAUUAUUUUGUAUAAAUUUAUUAAAAUUAUAAAUAUUGCCUUAAUAUGAAUGUGUCCUGUAAUAUUCUUGUUUUAAUUUGGAUCACAAGACAUAAUAAUUCAUAAUCUUACGACUGUUAUUGCAGUACCUGAAAAUUAUAUGUAAUAAUAUAUAAUAUACCUACCUAUAUGAAAUCACAUCACAUGAUAUUUGCUUUAAACUGUAACCAAGUAUUGUUAUUUCUACUAUUUAGUUUAGUGUAAGUUCUUUUUUAUGUGCUGGGUACUUGUUAAUUUUAUGUCUCUAUAUUUUUACACUACAAAAUAAAAUGUUAAAACUGC